GUACGCAAAUGGGCGGCAGAUGUAAGGGAAAACUGCGGAUUUGUCGUCGACGCCAUGUUGCCGAACGGUAUCAAGUGAUUCUCCCGAAUGGGAAUGACGAUGUCAUAUGUUUCUUGCCGCACACAACCACGGGCUGCAUACUUGUGUGGUGCUUGAGGCAGUGCCGACUCAUUGCUGGAAAAAUCUCUACCAAAACAUCGUGACGGUUUCCUCGUCGAGAGUGUGCACGCAGAUCGCAGUCUCCUACGGCACGGAAUUAAUCGGACCAUCGAGGUUUCGCCGAAAUGAUCGUCACGCUAAAAAAUUUGCAACAGCAGACCUUCACCGUAGAGAUUGACCCAUCGAAGACGGUUAAGGAUCUUAAGGACAAAAUAGAGGCGCAAAAAGGGUUUCCAGCACAACAUCAAAAGUUAAUAUACGCCGGAAAAAUAUUAACCGAUGAGCAGCCCUUGACCGAGUAUAAUAUCGAUGAAAAGAAAUUUAUAGUAGUAAUGGUAACAAAACCUAAAGCUGGUACCGGUGCAAGUACGAGUGACGAACAGCAUGCAGAUGGUGAUAACAAUAAAGAAUCUACAGCACCUAGUCCUGCAUCUUUACCAACGACAGUUCCUGUGCCUCAAGUACAGCCACGAGCAGCAGCUACUGUGCAAGAACAAUCAAGCAUAGCCGUUGCUGCUUCUGGUGGAGGACAAGCGGAAAGUGCAUUACUUAUGGGUGAGGAAUACAAUGCCAUGGUAGAAAAUAUAAUGGAUAUGGGAUACGAGCGUGAACAGGUGGAACAGGCUCUGCGAGCGAGUUUCAACAAUCCUGACAGAGCAGUUGAAUAUUUAUUAACGGGUAUCCCAGCCCAACUAUUUGAGGAUCCUCCAGAGGAACAGUCCGACUCUCAGGAUCACAUUCAAGACCAAGGUUCAGAUCCGCUUGCCUUCUUACGUACACAACCUCAGUUCCAGCAAAUGCGACAAGUCAUUCAACAGAAUCCACACCUAUUGAAUGCCGUGCUCCAACAAAUUGGACAGACCAAUCCAGCUCUCUUACAGUUAAUCUCCCAAAACCAAGAAGCAUUUGUACAGAUGCUCAAUGAACCUGCUGGAACAGCGGAGGCGACGGGGGCAGUGGGAGCGCAAGGUGCACCGGUGUCUGCCGCAACGGCGGCGGCAGCUGCAGCUGCAGCGACAGCUCAGGGUGGUCUGACGAGCAGCGGUGGUGCAGGUGCUGGCGGUGGAUCGGUCCGAGGAGUUAUCCAGAUCACGCCUCAGGACAAGGAGGCUAUCGAGAGGCUCAAGGCGCUGGGGUUCCCGGAGCACCUAGUUGUACAGGCGUACUUUGCAUGCGAGAAAAACGAGAACCUUGCCGCGAAUUUCUUGCUGUCGCAGAACCUCGAUGACUGAGGCACUGGACUUAACCAACCUUGCGACGUAGAGUUAAAGGGCUGUUAGAAAAUGGAGCGUUCGCACCGACAUCGUUUCUACGGAAUUUACACUCGACUCGCCUUAACUUUGUCGUUAGAAUGGAUAUGACCUUGUCAUUUUGGGAAAAGCAUGGACGUAGGGGUCUCUGUUCGAUGGGACGUUCGAGGUCCCCUCGAUCACUGGAAAACGCAAACGAUUCGAAAAACACGUGGUGGCUUACGACAUCUUAUCUAAUCUUUUCCGUCGUCGUGCUUUGCAACUCAUUUACAGAACCACGACUAAACCGUACCCUGGGGCGCAUGCAUGUCGUUUGUGCACCGGGUACGGGCGAUUCUCAUUAAUUAGAUCCUCAGUCGGUAUCGGCUGCAUUUCAGAUAGGAAACGUUAAUCCGUAAUACGGACGUCAUUGUCAUUGAUAUGGACGUCAUAGGUGACCGCUUCGCGACUCGUUUGCUUACGCGUACCGAACGUCCGAAACUUCGAAGACGCGGCUGCGAAGAUGUAAUGGUUUCAAAUUCAAAAUGAGCUUAAUUAAAAAGGAAAUGCAUUCAUGCUUGAGAUGUGGUCACAGGUCCGAGUUUUGUAUUCGUCAUUGAUCUUCUUUCCAGGGCAAUUGUAUGUGUCGUUUGCCGGUAGAACCUACUUUGCGAACUGAGACAUGUCUUUGCGCUUUUGUAACUACCAUCCAAAUGUAUCCAACACUUAUUUCGCGUGUCUUAUGAUCCCUUAAUCCUGGGUCAAUGUCCUAUCGUCAUGUGACUCGCUGCAAUAUGACAAUACAGCAUCGGAGCUAUUAUCUUUGUGGAUCAUCCGAAAGAGAUUAAUGUAACUUGGACUCGGUGCAUGAGAAUACGCGCGGAUGAUUGUCUGAAAUAGGAAACGCGUAUUCGUUAGGUGACACAUUUAAGCGAGGGGGAAUCGGUCUAUCGAUUAUGCACGCUUUGAAUGGGUCCCGUACAAUUACAUCCGCAGUCAAUAGAUUACUCUAAAGUUUUAUGUUGAAAGAGCGGCUGAUAUACGACACUAAAGUGGCUGUUUUUUUUGCAAGCGUUAAUAUGACUUGUAACUAAGCCUCGACGUUUCGAGUACGUCUUCCAUGGAAAGACGUGAGCGAAAUUGUUUAUUUAGUUGAGUUGUAUGAUUCGUACAUGCAUUCACGCGUACUCAUGCAUAUUAUAUAACAGAACCUUUUUUUUUUUUAAUUUUUCUUUCUCUCAAAAUUAUAACAUUUAAAUAGCAAGUAACGAUGCCAUUGAAGCAGAUUGUCACACUCUCCCUGUUACGUAUCCAACAUACUUGUAAUACAUUCAUAGAACGAAUAAACAUGUUAAGAUUUUCAAAAAAAAAAA